AUGGACCAGGUAAGUUGACCGGUUUUCAUUGCGUAACACUAGGCAUAUAAGAUCCUUGCUGCUAUUGUAAAUUCCGAGGUGGGAUUUUACUACAACGCUUCUUCGAGGAAGUUAAUGACAUCGUUGUACGUGCGGACUGUAUAACUGUUCACGGAAACCACUCGAUUUUGAUCAAGACAGGGAUAUCAGUUUUAAGGCUCGAGGGUAGAGUUUCAUCCAGAAAGACCUUGCUCUGUUCUGGAAUUUUAACUGGUUAAUAAGUUAUGCCUAAAUCACAAAAUGUGUGUCGACUUGGUGCGCUCUUACCCUGAAACAAGAUGUAACUAACCUUUUCUCGGAACUCUGAAAGCCGCCUCCUAUGACAUUUAAUUUCCAACUUACAAUUUCUACAAAAUAUCCUUCAACGUCACUGUCGGUGUCCUUUGCGUCAAUAGAAGCUCGCGAACUGUUCUAUUUUCUAACUGACCUAUCCCUCAUUACUUGUCGUGAAUCGUCAAUCCGUGAACUACGAAGUAAAUUGAACUUAAACUAGGAGGCGCUUGUUCUUCAUAGAGUCGAAAUUAUUCACCAUUUACUCUAAAACAUCUUCCUGGAGACGCUGCUCUGCGCAUUGCAAUAAUAUGCAUCAAUAACAGAGUAACUAGCCCCCUAAAUCUUGUCUGUUUUGAAUCGACUUCCUUUUUUUAUCUAUCAAAUCCUCCCUGGAACCUUUAAAAGGUCUCCUUUAACAAGCUUUUUUUAAGGUAAAUGCAUAAACACCACUUGGCUGUGCUUCAGGCAUUCAAACUUCGGCUUUCCUGAAUUUGCCAGCGCGACAGUUAAAUCGAGGCCCUAGAAAUCUUGUUGCCUGCGUAAUAUCAACAAAUUCAGAUGUUUCUCUAGAAUAAUAACUUAAGUACUUAUUAUAUGCCUUUAAUGCCUGCAUUAGCUUCAUGGACGGUCGUCUCAUUAUGAUUUUAAAACAGCGGUUGGACUAUGGCAAAUUGAGAAGUUGGGAUUUUCAGUGAUGAUGCAAGUGAAUAUUAGGACGCUGGACAAAUCCAACGGCUGCCGAUAGGCAAAAACUAAGAAUUAGCGCGACUGUAUUUCAUGGCGUUGCUGAGUGUGUUCUUAUUUCUCCGCUUAGUUUACGCCAUAUCUAAAACCGUGUUUGUCUGCUCACUCGUUAAUUGCCUAGAAAUGCUGCAGUACUUACUAAUCUUCAUGCUAUGGGGGGUUUGUUUUUCCUAACAAGCCUGGUCUACUGUCCAGUUCUAGUCAUCAUUCUGGCUGUUUGACCAGCUAAUAAUGCAGUGACUGUGCUUCUCAAUGCCAUCGUCGGUGCAUGCAAGGAGCUGAGUAACUAGCGUUUCAUACCCGUCAAAUUCUUAUUUUCCGCUUGUUCAGGGAACGAAAAAGUCUUUAGGUAGACGAUCUAAUGUUCAGAAGAAGGGGACACAAUCGCUGGAGCGAGAAUCGGGUCGCCUGGCGUUUCGGACCCAUACCCAAACAUAUCACCAGAGUCAUUAACGGGAAAGAGUGGGAUAAACACCGCGGGUAUGGUGUUUAUAGGAUUCAGUUGUCACGUAACCACACCUACUAGAGUUACCAGUUCCCGUGUUCAUUGUAGAUGCUCGUAUCUGGUGGGAUGAUUUCCUGAUGUCCCGCAUACGAGUCGUUGCAAUUAGCGAUUGGUAUUAUAGCAGCUCGGCUAUUUGAUCUGUUACUACUGCCACUGAAAGCAGUGUUCACUAACACGUCACCUACAUGACUGAUUAUUCUGCUCAGACAGUUUUAUCAAGGAAUACGGAGGGAAAUUCACUGCGUUUGUUGAUGGCUUGCGGGCCUGAGAGCCAUGGUGCAAGAAGCUCGCGGCUAGUGCGAGAAUUCCGGCCCCGUCGAACUGAAAGACAUGGCCGGGUCCCAUCGAGUGAGCGAUCGCUUGAGAUUCCGUGUCAUUUCAGUGUGUGCUUGCGUGUGUGAUGUGUCCAAGCAUUCUCCGCGUUUCUCCGGUUUAUUUGCUCCGGGCUCGGGCGGAAACGUAGAGUCACCGUUAUUUUUCGUCAGUAUUGUUGUCUGCUCGCUCACAUACACUUAUUGUUCACACUUUGCCUCAGUCUCAAGGAUAAUCACUAUAACGGCGUACUGACAUCCAUUUUCACUACCAGCUGACAUCCAUCAUGUAGUUUUAACGGUAAGAGCAGCCGGGUCGCAGAUAUCUCGGGGUCGAGUUGACCCAUUGAAGAAUUCUCGCGUAGCAAAGGUAAAGGAAUGACAGACUGGAAUGUCUGAUCCUGGUUUAUUUUCCAUCGACCCUCGGUUAGGUCGCAGAACUAACCUUCGAAUUAGGUGGGGUCUAGACGCGGGUCGGUCUUGUGACGUAUGAUGCAAGAUAACGAGUUUAGCAAGUCAAAAGUAAUGGAGACGGAAUUGGUACGGCGGCCUUUACAUUUGUCCCAAAGAACACCUGGUCGGAUCUUAUUUUGUAGCUGCAUCUGUAGUAGACAAGCCCCAGUCGGGACCGGCGGUAAUAGGGGAUAUAACACUAACCCAUAACCCUAACACUAACCCCUAACUCUAACCCCUAACACUAACCUGAACACCUAACCCAUAACAGGUGCGGCUGCGAAAUAAGAGCUUACGAACACUCAACCGCGUUGUCCUCGCAGGCCGGCUUUUAUCACAGUCGUGAACUCCGCUUGUAGUGUACUUGGUUGGAGUAGGCGCGAAGGCCAGUGGUUUGAGUAGUCAGCAGGCCUGCAUCCACUUGGCCUAGUGGAAGGUACCCUACGGCUACGGGAAGAGCCAAUGUCAGUCGCGCUGACGCGCAAACUAUUAAGGCUGGGGGCGGGCUGGUGGGCUUGAGGCAUGCCGGGCGAGAGGGCACUCCCACAGUUGCCCAAUCGAGGCAAAAUGUGGCGUAAAAUGGUAUGGAGUAGUAUUUGCCUUGACAACAUGAUUUAUAAAGCGGCGUUGAAAGUGAAAAUGACGUCCAUUGUGAGCUGCGAAUGAGAAGGGAGUGCAGAGAGCAAUGGGUGAUGAGGUGCGUGUUGGUGAAUGUGCGGCGUGUUUUGCCUUGGGAGAGAACUUUAAGAAUUAUGAGGACAAACUGAUGUUUAAGGAAGGUGGAAUGGCAGGCGGGGGGGGGGGGCUAUGUGACAUCCGCAGGGGUGUCUGAGUCGGUAUUCUCAAGACGGUCAAUUCCGACGACCAUUUCCCUGUCACUGUUUUGGAUGCUGAAAGUAUUGGGGUCCGGAGAGAAACCCUAGAAGAGAUAUGAGUAAAGGCUAAAACUGGCCUGUGCACUCACUCACAGUGAAUGAAGGCAUGAAUGUAGGUUGUGAAGUCUCUUCUGCGCUCAGACAUAAACACUGACCAGCCUGGCGAAGCCUGAACUCAUGAGGUAGUUUAUAAUGACGCAAGCAUGCGUUGCAUCCACCUCCACUCUUUCCUCCACCCACCCUGCUCCAAUGGCGAGGCAAAGUCAAAACGAACGAAUGCGGUCGUGGCGCCUAACAAAGGUAAACAGUCCGUCUACGAGUGCUACACGUGACCUCGUCGCCACUCCAUAUGCCUCAGGGAGAUACUGAGGAGGAGAGGGGUUCUUGCUUUCCAAAUCACUGUCGCAGAUCACUGCGCGUGGGAGAGUGGAAUCCGUGAUGUCACUGAGGUCCGUAAACGGGGGCGUGAGCAAAACAGCAGGAAUGGGAAUCUUUUGAGGUGACUGUUUCAGUCUGGUAGUCUAGUUCAUCCAUCCCUGAUAAGUAGCGAUGGGGAACACUUCGCUUAGACUGUGUUUAUUGGGGACCGAAAAAUUGACUCUCUCCGAAAAUUAGGCUUAAUAUGUCAUGCGUUCUUUUCAAACUGAUGGUACUUGUCUUGACAGCUAGUACGUGUGAGGUCAGUAAGGUAAAUAAUCACGUAGAUGUGUACUUCUGGCUGUUUGUUGGCAGCUGUAACUAUGACGCGGUUAUUCCGCAGUAACUGAUAAAAUUACAGCUCAGAUAUUCAUGUCACCUUCCGGACCGAGCCUGAAGAGGUCUGCUCUGAAGAAUUUACUCGAAGUUCACACAUUAAUUUCCUCGGAAAUUAAACAAGGCAAUAAUUGUCUUACUUAUCAGGGGAUUGCUUAUUGGAUUUUCGAGUGCAAAGUUAGCCGCGCAGGAGGUGUUGGCAGCCACCAUCCAGGUGACAACUUAUAACACCCAGCCAAUUUUAAACUAUUUUCACCAUAUGGUGAAUCACUUGAGGUGCGGAAACCCGCUCGACUAGGAAGACUGCCAUUUGUGCUGAAAUAAUGACGCACCUUUGUGCACCCCAAACAUAUAUCUGUUUACCACCGUGUGUGAUUUGUAGGUGGGUCUUAGAGCUUAACUUCCUGCCCUCCAUCUCAUAGCUGUAUAGACGCGAAUUAAUGCUGUGGCAAGAUUAUGGUUUAUGGCCAGAAUUGCUUUCUCCGGGGAACAUUUGUGUCGAGCAAGAGAACCAAACAUCCAAGAACUUUGUGGUGUCACACCUUUUGAUCCUCUAUAUUGUCACCAAUUACAAGGGGAUAUCGUUUUUACCAGUUAAUGAUAAUAGUAAAUAAAUUAAAUGUCCCUUUGAAGGCAUUGUCAAAAAGGUAUUGCACUGUCGUAUUUUUACCCAAAUGAAUGCCUUGAAGCAUCUUGACCACCUUUACGCAACAGCCACCGCGAUCUUUUUAUUCCUUUCUUUGGCAUGUACGAAUAAAUAUCGACAGUUGCUUCCCGGAGUAAGUAACCCCGGCCAUAAACCAUACCCUUGCCCUGUUUUAGUUUUAAGACAUGCAGAUAACGUUCAUAUUUUGGUGUCUGUCCUGCGUCAUUACUUUUAUCACAGAAAUCUGGAUACAAUUAAUUGAUCCAAACUUUUAUCAUUGAAAAGACCGGGAUGGCCAUUUCCGACUUAUUUGCCAUAGUUGAUCAGCCAGAGUCCUAAAUUGGGUCUGGAGGACUUACAGUUCGAAUCCACUUGAAUGAGAUUUUGUAGCCCCAUGUUCUAUCUCUGAGACACGGGCCGAUGCCCUAUGAUAGUUCCACCGUCCGGUUUCGACGAUGUCCACCGUAUGCUCCACAGCAGGGUGGGAGCAGGGACGGUGACUUGUGCGAAAAUUUAGUUUAUAGUGACAGAGGACUUCACAGCAUCUACCGCACUCUCUGCUCCUCCUCCCUCACCUGGACCCGGUGUCAAGACAGAGUCAAGUAGACCUGAGGCGGGGGAGGGCGCAGGUGGAUGGCACGGUCGAACCCGCACGUUGGCAUUCCACUCUUCACCCCCUGGUCCACACAACAAAUAACCAGGUUUUCGAUGCACAGCAACAAUAAGGGGGGAGGAGGGGUGGCAGGGUCCCAGUGUGCGCGACGCACGCCGGCAACCGGGUCUGCAAAUGCACCUCGAGAUGUUGGCAUUUGUUAUGGUGCGCGACUCCGAUAACGCCUGCCAGAGUCUAAAAUGGCCUUCGUGUUGGUCCAGAGCAUCUACCAGUUGCCCAUUUUGAAGUAGUUGAGAAGAAAGAGACCCGAUUUCUGAAGCAAAAAUUCGUAUCCGAACCCGUCAUCGAAGACAGCAGUAGAAUGGGGCAGAAGUCUUGCAGAGAGUGCAGUAUUUCGGGAGGGGGGGAAUUUUUCACCAUAUACUUACCGAAGUUAACGGUUGCAGCGUUUGGUGUGAUAGUGACUUAACAUUUUGACACCUCUGUACCGAUCCCCAGAGCAGUGCUCACCCGUGCCAUCGUGGCGCGCUUUAUUGCUCGACCCGAACACAGUCAAGAACUAAAUAUGUAUGCGGCGACAUCAUUAUCUUUAUAGCUGGGCUGCAUGUCAGAACCAUCUAUGAAAACGAUCAUUGGCUUCCGAUUUCUAAGGUACUUCGACAUAACAUAGUCUAACUCACGCGAACAAAAUGUGAGGCUAAAGAAUUAGGAUGACUUACGCCAACUGGAAGUAGUUUGCGAUAGGGGGAAAUGUGUCGCCUCUGUUUUGUGAGUCUUCUUGUUUUUAUAUCUCCAUUAUUGUAUUUGAGUCUACGCAACUUUUGUUUUUUGUUCUAGUAUGCAACGUACGAAAAAACGCCCUUGACAGAAAAACUGGUGCAAAAGCUGAAUUUAGAGUAUCCCGAAACGAAAGGGAGUUGUUUUGUUGUGAGGGCACCCGGACGAGUCAACAUAAUUGGUAAAUUAACAUUUGUAUUUUAUCGCCCAAAUUGUAUCCGUUUUGUGAACUGAAAAUCCUAUCAAUGUCCUCUCCUCAUUAAUAGUUUUAAAAAAAACACAAAGGGGCGGCCUCUUAGACACUCCUUGUAUUUUAGCUGGAGAAUUAAUUGGAAACAGCUUUGUUUUGGGAUUCUGUCGUUUCAUCAGAAAAUCGGAGAGACGUGUGUUUGGGCUUUUAGCUAGUAUGUCUUUGUUAGUAAUUUACCAGAAAUUGGUUUGUUCAACGCGCCCUACCGAUGAAGUUUACUUGAUUUGUCUGGUUAAGCUGAUGGCAUUAAAAUGGAAGAUGCAUCAAAAAAUUUCACCUGGACCUGACAAAUCCCCUUCCGACAGGCUUACCCCAAUAUUGUCGGACGAAAUCAUAGAGCACAUAUUCCUGAAUGCUGAUUAUGUAUCCCGAGGAACUGCUAAUUAGAAGUUGAUUGGUAAUCCCGGCGGUGAAGGCUCGAAAUACAACUUUUUAGGGCUUAUUCGUGUCCUGACUUAACUUACCCUGACUAAUGUAUGUGGUCGAGGGCAAACUCAUAUGUUUGGAAAGACAACUCACGUGGUAGACAGGUAUGGUUAACUUGAUGUGUGGACAGUUCCGUUAAACUGUGGUUUUUCCAGUUACUCCAUGGGACUGGUUGUCUGUUCACGAUCACGCUCAAUAAAUGCCGAAACUCGGUUUCUCUGAAACACAAACCCAGAUCGCUGUGUACUGGUUCAAAUAUGAACUGUUAUUUGACCGAGCCUGUGAGUUUCAAUAGGAUACGGCCAACGGUUUCAUACCAUAGUAUUACUGCACUGAAAAUUUGCAUCGCAAAAAUGCGAAGAGGAAUACACCCUGAACAAAAGAAAUGUAGUCGUUAAGGCAGUAGCGAUCGGAUCUUAUUUCGUAGUCGUACCUGCAGUAGACAAGUUCUAGCCUAACCCCAAACCCCAACCCCUAACAGGUAUGGCUAUGAAAUAGGAUCUUGCCGCAGUAGCUACAAGUAAACACAAUUGCGAUACGACAUAACCUACCAACAAUUCGACCGCCAUUUCCGACGACGUUCCCCAUGUGCUGCAUAGCAGGGUGAGAGGAGGACGGCGAAUUGUGCGUGAAUUCGUUUAGUCAUAGUAGACUUGAACAACAUCCACCACUUUCCCCCCCAUUCUCCCCCAGCUGGGCCCGCUGUCAUGACAGAGUCGAAAAGACCGCAGGCGGGAGUGGGUGCAGGUGGCUAGCGCAGCGAAGACCCACAACUAGUUGUGCCCGUACACCCUCGGUUCCACCACCACACAUCCGGCACCUGUUAUAGGUACGCAUCCCCAGUAACGUCUGCAGGACCCCGAUCUAGCUCCCGUGUUGGUCCAGGGCGUCUACCGCGUGGCCCCUCUAAGGGAUAUAGGAAAUAUGCGAUGCGCGACUAAAACGAGAAAAGUAUCAUUUUCGAUUAUAAACACUUUAAGCCAACGCCCUGCUAUGACCAGAGUGACUUAUAACUCGCAUGCAACAGGCAGCCGAAUAGUUGGAUUUGGGCAGUCCACGCAGGAUGGAACAACAGGAAAGCGAAAAUGACCUACACAUACUUCGGCAAAGCGAUAACUCGUAGUUGUGAGCUAAAUUAGAACCACUUGCAAGUGUCCGAAUAACCUGUUAACAGUUAUGUCAACCACAGGAUCUUGCACGCAGUGCCUUCGAGCACACGUUAUAUGCCUCCACGACCUGAUUAAUUUCGUCCGCAUACCUUUGUCGAAGACGCCAUCACAACUUAUUCUGAUGGUUGGGUACAAACAGUAGACUGUCCAAAGGCCUCAUUUUCAUCCACCUAAAGGAUGUAUACGGGUCAGAUGUGGUUAUGUAGCCCCACCUGAAGUAAACAAACCCCGGCCACCUGUAAUAAGGGUGUUCAUGAAUGCGUGUAGAGGUGCAUUUUCCUGUUUGACCACAAUAAACUGCAUCACAGGCCUCACACGAGAUCUUGUAGACGACUUCCUUUCUAUCUGAAUAGCCGACCGUAUCCUUAGGAUGUACUAUCUGAGUACGUAGUGUGGUCGUUGCUCUGUGUGUCACCAGAAUUUGACGUUUAUUUAGGUGCCUUUCGACAAGUCUAGACACGUUAGUAUCCUCAAUCGGGGCACCCAACUGCAGAAUUUCAAAGUGGCUAUUCCACAAACUUCAUCCACUUACGAGGAAUUGUGAAACGUCGAUUGAGAACUCUGCAGAGUUUCUAAAGAAAUUAGAAGGAAUCACAGUUUCUAUCGACGAGAUCAUGGCCUCCUUCGAUGUCAUCUCCCUCUUCACGUCCAUACCACUGGAUUUGGCAAAACAAUGCGCAAAGGGUCCCCUGCAGUCCUAUGGGACGGAUGUUUCCGCUACUGCCUUGAUCGAACUCUUAGACGGUUGGAGGGAGGACCACCAGAUAAGCGUUGUCUGUCUGGGAGUUUUGAUCAAAUAUAAAUGCAAUAUGUCGGAGCCAUACUUCUUUUCAAUGAAUCUUCAGAGAGACUAUAUUUCAAAGCUCGUCUCCGAUGUUCUCAUGUCCCCAAAAGCUGUAUUCAGAAUCGCAUUCAAACUGGUCGACUUCUAGUAAUGUUAAGAGAAAAAAACAGCCGAAAUGCCUAGAAAUCUGCCACUUGAACCUCUAAAUUUCCCUCGACAAACAUUCCUCCUCCUUUAUUUUCCUUUGACACAACAUAUUCUCCAGCCAAUCAAUCGGGAAAAUUUCGACUGAGGAUAGAAGAUACCACAUAUUACUUACUACUCACCUAAAACCCCCUACUACGGCUCUAUUUGUUUAUUUCAGGCGAGCAUCUAGACUACAAUGGGUACGGAGUUCUCCCGAUGGCGUUAAACCAAUCUGUCUUUUUGGCAGCUGGGAACCUGCCUUCGCAUCUUCACGAUGGAAAUCUGAAAAUAUGUUCGGAGGACAGCAGACUUGAGUAAUCGACCAAUUUUUUCUACUUCACUGUUAUUGAGUACAAACGAUUAAGGGUCUAGGAAUCAAACAAUACGUAAACUUCUUUAGACGUUUAUUUCUACUGACCUAUUUAACUUGUUCCUAUGCCUCAAUGAGAACCGUCCGAAGUCUAAGGGUGGAGCUAUUUACUUCUGUAGCUUCGAGCGCAACGACGGUUUUCCCACAGCAAAUCUCCAAAACUACGUUGGCUGCCGAAAAGGAGCCUGGUAUUUGCACCCUACAAGUCGCCUCUCUAUGGGGGACGCCGGAUUUGCCUGUUAGUAAAUGAGUGCGCCUGGUAUACUUCAGACAGGAAAAAUGGUGUUCGAAUUAAGUUGGUAAAUAUGCAAUGAAUUGUCCAGCAGGGCAGUUGCUGCCUGAAUUGGGACGCUAUGAUUGACCGAUAUGGCCGGCUUUUCAAAUAACCUCUUCGAUAAUAAACUGCGGAUUUUCCCCAAAACUAGUCAUUUGCGAAGUUUUUUGGAAAAAAUCCGUUUUAUUUACUGGCUACUGCCAGUUGACAGCAUUUGACUGCUAGGACAUGUUUUACUGAAAGGGCUUUCAGACUAAGACCUAUGGAGACUGAAAUGGCCAUUUCAAGUUUAUGAGCCGUCAUCAGCCAGCCAUACCCAACCUCAGGUUUUCAACCCCUAGGACUCGAAACCCGUUUUCGGUUGGUUGUAUAUUUGUUAUUUAUUUUGAUCUACCUGAAAAUUCUGCGACCUCAGUGUGAUCCGAACCCAGGACAGGAAGGGGAAGGUCUGAGUACAGCCAACUCUCUAGCCACCUGAGCUAUGACGCCCCACCCGGAACUGUGAGUUUAAUCACAUUUUGGUCAUGUUACCUGUUCAGCCUACUUCAACGUAUAGCAUCCACCAAAUCUGGUGCAAAAAGCAGACUGUCCUAGCAGAAUUUCCUAAGUAAUCAAUACAGAAUCCACCAGAUGACUACCAGGUUCGAGUAAUUACUAGAUGUUUUGGCUGUCCUGAAGCCUUCUCUUUGCUGUCGUGAGUUCGAAUCCCACCGAAUUCAUCAGAUUUCUCACAGUUGGGUCAAAAUAAGUUAUUCGAAAUCCGCCAAAACAUCUAUUUAUACUUUAUUAUUUUUAUUGCUCGAAGUUAUCCCCCUGGCUCGAGUGGCUGACAGCAACUUCUAUUUUUAUUAAAGGAACUUUGAUGGCUCGAUUUCUGAAUGCUUGGAAUUUGCAGCCAACGGUCCUCCAAAGCCACUGAAGUGGUACCACUAUGUCUUGUGUGGUUUUCGGGGCAUUCACGACUAUGCAGUUGAACACUGCCUGGUAAGACGCCUUGAGUUUGCGGAAAGCGAAUUUACAAAACAGCCGCUAUCGCUCUGCUGCUGACUAAAUCUUUCUUAUAUCAGGUUCGAAAGAUAAUCAGCAGAGACUAUACUCAGGCCGCAUGAGAGGGAGAGAGAGAAAAAAGAGAGGGGAAUAGGCUUCACUUUGAAAGUAUCAUUCCAGAAUUUUCAACCAAAGCGUUUUCUAUUCACAUGGCCAGAAUACAAAUCAAUAGAUGGUGAUAGAGCUGGUGGGUUUGCAUAAAAACUGUACAAAUAUCACUGGGCAGUUCGAGUCUCAAUUUCUGUGUUUUGGCCUCAUUAUUCGCUAGAGACCGUGCCAUAGAUUGUAACGCGAAACUAUGUACAGCAAGAGAUGUGCCAAAGGGAAGGCGGGAAGGUUUCACAGCUCAGGAGAAGAAAAAGAUGCGAUCACUGGAACACGAAGUUUAUUGGCCAGACGUUUCGAGUUCUCACUCUAACCCAUCAUCAAAGACAGUCGCAACCAUUAAUUAAGGCUGAAAGUGAUGAACAAGAUCAGCUAGAAUUCGAUCAGCAAAUUGCUUUACUGUUUCGAAAUUUCAUUGUCGUUGUGCCAGCUAAAAAGACAAAAAUACGGACAGCAGAAGGGAGUUUUCGGCCGUCUCGUUUUAAAAUGAGUAUAUCCUUUUUAGGCAAGGCAGGCAAAAUAACCGGAGGACAAGAAUGAGAGGUAGAAUACAGGCAUCUACAAACACCCAGAUUGGGGGUUGAUGUUUGUGACAGGAACUUAAACGACUGAUGUGGUUAACGAGUUUAUGAAUUGUAGUGGAAAGGAUUUCAGUAUGAAGGGAGAAUGAGAGAUUUGAGGAGAGUAACAUAGAGGCACCGGACAGGUGAUACCUCAUUAGUGUCAAAGAGUUCAGGAAUGGGAGAGGGUCGCAGUCGAAAAAUACAUUGGACAGGUUUCUAGACAUGAAGCACAUAACUGCCCAUUUGGCCAUCUCAGGUCAUCAGUGUGAAGUGAGAGAAGCGGGGGGGAGCAGAUGGUACCUUGAAGAACUCUGCAGUUAUUUGAAAGAACAGUCGAUUUCGGCCUUUCAGAUUGGACAAGUUGAUUGUGGGAGGCAAAAUAACCGUUAGACCAAGAAACAAUCCAAUCAGAAGAGCCACACUCGGACGUUUUGUCGAAGCGAUGGCGCAGGACUGUGUGGAAGGCAGAGGAGUAGCCGAGAAAUGCGCAUGCGUAAGCACGACAACACUUGUCCAGCCGUCUUAGGGCAUAGUAAACCGCAAGAGCAAUAGCAUCCAACUUACUAUGUCUGGCUUUAAUAUCCGAAUUACAAACGGCCAGGGAAAUUGGAGGAGAAUGAAAUACCGGGAUCCAAGACGAAUAUUUCAACCAGCUUCAUAAGGGCGGAGGAGCAUACAGUGGAUUCGCAUUCCCAAAUCAAAAUCGCAACUUAAGUAUUAUGCCUUUUUUCCACGUAUCUUCAGUGUUCGGUUAAAUGGGGUUUUAUAUUAUAGAAGAACUGUGAAAAUAAGUCGGUAAGCACCCUUCUGGCUAUAUUAAUUAAGGUCGUCGGCUUGUUUGGUUUUGGUAGUAGUAAACGCUGCUGUUAACAGCGACUUCUUCCCUGUUUCAUUGAUGUCUGUCCGGUCGAGUCAUUCCCUGCUACAUUUAUCUAUGCCUUAUGUAGCGUUUCCGAUGAGCUUCAUAAUCUGCAGUCACCAAGAAGGUCGCUGGAAAACGUGACUUUUGAACACUCCUUAUUAUGUCAUGUUCGGCGAAGGGGAGUUAUUCACAUUUAAUGUUUUCAAAUGUCUGCAUAUCUGGAAAAAAGACAUAUGUUUUGUUUUUGUUUUUAAGGUUUGGCACUGGCACAACCAUUGUCUUCGCAGUUAAAUUGGCAUAAUUCUGUGCUAGUUCCAAACAUCUGUCAAGCCAAAUAUUCACUGUUAUGCAGCCAAUGUUAAAUGAUGGUAGAGGGGCGCUCACCGAUCGCGUUUCGAAUUCACUCGUCCCGUUGUGCCUUUGGGGUUCAGUCUUGAGCCCAGCUUGCAGGCGCACAGCGGCUGGCAAUAUAGGCAUGAUAACAUUGCCGACAAGGAAACGGGAGACUGGAAUGACCAGUUAUGUCUUAUUAGCCGGCAUCGGCCAGCCAUGUCCAACCCCAGGUUUUUGCGUCCCUUAGGCUCGAACACGCGUUUUGCUGACUAGACGUCCGACGCCCUAACUAUUGAACCACGACCUUGUUGUCCUGUCGUUUGCAGUUUGAUAAUUAACUAUGUUAUAGGAGCGCUCACAGAUUGCGUCACUGUACAAACUCGUCCCCUUGUACCUUGGGGCUCAAUCUCCAACCCUGCCGGCAGUUGACAGGAAGACGAGCUCGUGAUUCAAUAGUUUGGGCGUCGGACGUCUAGUCAACAGAACGCCGGUUCGAGCCUGAGGGGCUGCAAAAACCUGGGGUUGGACAUGGCUGGCCGAUGCCGGCUAAUAAGACAGAAAUGCUCAUCCCUGUAUCCAUUGCCUUUGUCCGUCAGGUUAGUCCCUCAAUGCGAAGCGAGUCUAAGUUCCCACAAAAUGCAUGCGAAGAAUCAAAUGCAGCAUAUAUAAGGCGCAGACACUCAAUUGAUGAGCACUACUAGUGACACUGCUAGAGUAAGAACUCUCUUGCUGAAUGUGAUUAAGAAGGUGAGUGGAUUGAGACUCGACGGAAGUAAGCAUUGGUAGAGGGGCGCUCACCUAUCGUUUUAACAGAAUUCACUCGUCCCGUUGGGCUCUCUCUCGAGCCCAACCAGCAGCCACACAGCGGCGCAUGAUAUAGUCAAAAAAUAAGGCCGACGACGGUUAGUGAGCCAGAAAUGGCCAUUCCAGUCUCCCUUGUCUUUGUCGGUAAUGCUAUUUCUGGAAAUAAGCAUGUUACGGCAUAGCGACUGAGCUGAGCAUAAAUGUCCUGCCAAGAAGCCCUGAAAUUCACUCACAUUCCUUAAUACCUCGAUGUGAAGUUGACACAAUGCAUUACGAAGCCCGUAUGGUCCCGGAGCCAUAGCUAGACGAAAUGAAGCUGACUUCGUUCAUACACGGUAGUUGAAGUGCACUUUAUUACUGAUUGCUGAGGCGCGUUGCAAACGCGCACCCAAGGACAGGAUGCAAUCCCGAUAGUGUUACAGUCCCUCCCUUUUCUCAACCUAUGUCAUCUCCCUUCCGGCGGCUUUUGCUAUCGUUAAAACUAUACGGAAAAGUUAUGCACAACAGUUAACGGUGCAAUUUUUUGACGGUACACCUCCCGAGUACUCCGCAAGAAACAAGUCAAGAUCAUUUUAUUUUUUUCUGCUGCUUCCAAAAUUCGUAAGUUUCCAGCGUUCGACGGCGUCCCCAGGAUUUGCUUCUGCCUUGCAGCCCUGGAAGCCACCGUCAAUGCGCAUGAUGGUGGGCCACGGCUCAGGAGACGAAUGUCUUCCCAUGUGUGCUGGACUGUCUAGUAGCAGCGCCCUCGUUGUCGCAGCAGCUCUGGCCACUGCACGGUGUGCUCAAUUGCAGAUUGAUCCUGUAAGUCCUUCUGCCUUUUUACAAACAUUUGUCCUCUAUACCAGCCGUCGAAAUGGUACCCACUUGGAAACUAAGUAUUAAUUAGCAGUAUCUAAAGUUGGGCAUUUUAUUGCCUUCUUCAACUGCAAUCUGCAACUACCGUAGCCAAAAUACCAAACAAAGUAAUUCGGAAAAAAUCAAAAACAGCAUUAACAUAUUCCACUGUCACGGUGACAAGUUGAACCUUAAUUUUUGUAAGUUGGCCUCAUUACAGUUUAGCACUUGCUCUGAGACUGGCAUGACUGAUUGCUGGUGAGGUAACCCUCGGCCGAUAAUAUAACGAAAGUCGUUUGGAAUCCAUGUUACAGAGUUGUUGAUGGUUAUAAAAUUUCGCACUAUUGUUGGAUCGACUUGACUGAAAUAAGGGAGGCCAUGAACGAAAGAGAGCAUUCGGAGAAAAUAACCUUUUUUUAUAAAGCAUGGACAACGACAUGUGUACAGUAAAUGAUAAGAGAGAAAAUGUAGGUUUCUCUAAAUCGUAAGAGGCAUACGACGAGAUUUGGAUUUAUGUAAAUCACAAGUUUAGGAAUCUUGGCAAAAGGGAAUUCAACAUGCAAAGACCCGUGGAAGUCAGUGGACAGCGAAACACUGAGACAUUGGAAAUAUUUUGCUUCAUUUGAAAGAUAGACAGGAUGAUUAGCAGAUGCCUGCAGUCCAAAAACAUGCCAUUGCUGACUGCUGACCGUUAAACGAACGCUAAAUUAUAACGAUCAGGAAGUGAUCCAGGUCCUCUCUAGAAAGUAUGCCAUCAAAGUAUUUGUUGGUGGUCUGACCAUCGACAAUAUUAUCAGCAUAUAUAAAACACAGGCAAUCAUUGGAUGGUCAUGCUUCGUCAGCAUGAAACGGAAAAUGAUGAGGAUGUGGCAUGACACUUCGAGGAAAGUGGAAGUUAUCUGGAGGAUUAAGAGAUUUACAGUUAACAGACUGGGCAUAUUCAAUUCGAAGGAGAAGAAGUUCGUAGGCCAAGAUGCAGUCUGGUUAGGAGAGUCGCACUUGGGUGCCGUCUUAAGGAGUCUUUACAUGUACAUGUGUGCAGUUCUUGAUUAUUCUUCUGUUUUACCGUUAUUUUGCGCGACCGUCUCCCUAAGAAACCCUCCGAGUGCUGUUCUCAUAGCUGGAGUACAUUUUGGGCUGUUUAGGCUUCUACACGCAGUGGCUGACCUAUCUCAUGGAAUGGUGACCGAGAGUCUCAAACGUGUUUUUGACUAGAAAGGAUUACUUGGGUGGAAUCGUAAUAUCGAUUAUCACGCUGCACACUAACACAAUAUUGCAAUCACGCUGGAAUGUUGGCUUCCGAAUACGCUUCUUCCGUCCACAUGCAAAAACUCGACUCAGAAAUGUAUGGCUAUUUUUGCCGUACGGUUUUUUUCAUUGAUUUCGGAUGCGCAUAUAACUUCGAAAAUAUUCUGCGGAAAACAUGCAAAAAGGGUAUCAUUUGGCUAUAAAUCGUUUUUGAUUGUAAGACUUUAUAAAGCCGUAAAAUUUGCAGUUCAAUGGCAUCGUGUUUGUCCGUCUAACAAUGCUUCCAACAAAGUAUUACAAGUAUUCCGAAAUUUCACGAGUCCAUUAACUCUUAAAUGGAUUUAGCGAAUUUAUGAUUCCUCUCACAUGGAGAGUAUGGAACUUGCAGUUGCGAAACCGUAAACGUAAAUAAGACGGCAGACCAGUUUCAAAAAUAUUCGGAAGUGAAAAUUUUUUAAAUCGAAAAUUGCUCAUCUUCGCAGUGCCUUAUUUGAAGAAGACGUGAUUUGCUUCCAAAUGAGCGCAAGAAAGAAUGUUAUUUCCGUGCUUUCUAUAAAGUACAUUUGAGUCUAUAAGGACGCCGAAAAUAAAUAAAACUCAUGUCACUGGUAGGGGACGCUCACCGAUCGUUCUUAUGGAACUCUCGUUCCGUUGUGCUUUACGGGUUCUCUCUCGAGCCCAACCAGCAGCCGCAGAGCGGCGCAUGACAUAGGCAGUACGUUAUUACCGACAAAGACAAGGAAGACUGGAAUGGCAAUUUCUGGCUUAUUAGCCGUCGUCAGCCAGUCAUACCCAACCCCGAAGUGUGGAACACCCGAGGCUCGAACUCGAAACCUGUUAGUUAGAAGUCCAUGCCUCUAAACACUGGGCCUCUAAACGGGCUCGUGGCCCAGUGCUUAGAGGCGUAGACUUCUAACUAGCAGGUCCCGAGUUUGACUCUCGGGUCUUCCACACUUCGGGAUUGGGUACGACUGGCUGACGACGGCUAAUAAGCCAGAAACGACCAUUCCAGUCUCCACUGCCUUUGUCGGUAAUAACAUACUACUUAUGUCGCUUGAGUAGCCAUAUCUUGCCGAGUUUAGUUUUCGCGAGUGACCGGGAAGAAGCACAUUUAAAAACCAACAUCCUAAUAUGAGUGAAAUAUCUUGCGGUUAUGCUGCAAAACAAUCACCAUCACAAGCCCGACUUAAUAGUCCUUCCUAGUCGGAAAUACAUUUCAGCAUUCCGGUUAAAAUUCUCCACCUCUGAUAGGUGGAGAGCGGACGACCGGACGACCUUCUUCUUCUUCUUCUUCUUCUUCUCAUUCUCAUCCUAAUCCCUCUUCUUCUUCUUUUUCUUCUUCUCCUCCUAUAUCGUAAUUUCAAUUUCCAUGAAGACGGCGUUGAUCUGAACCAAUCACUGAAAUUUAUACCUUGCCACCUACAGGGUUGAUGAGGAGCAUAAGAUCUUUGUGUUUCGUUCUAUACUUCAACAUCCCAUGACAGUGGCUUCCAUCAAUGUGGUUGAGGGCUGGAGUAUAUUCUUUCCCAUUCACCCUGGAAUUCUUAGCCAGAAUACUCGCAGGCGAUGGCAUAAUCUCAAACAAUCAAUAAUUCCGACAGAGCGGGCUCAAAGAAGGAAAGUAGUUAGGUCAACUACUUUUAACUUUCCCACCCAGUCGGUCAUACUAAAACACAGACAGGACAGACGGCAGAUUCGAACUUCCAGGAAACAAGCCAGAGGUAGCCAUUACAACCCCCUUUUUCCUUUUUGGUACGACUGGUCAGGCGGAGCAUGACCUCCAGAGGAUCUACAAUGGCAAGCCCUCGAACAGUUGUAAGGCCGUACUCCCGGCCAUCUCAGCGUCGUUUCGCCUCAGAAUUGCGGCCAGUAGGAAUUAGAUCACAGCAGUCGCUAGUUUGUAUUGCAUGCCAUGUAUGGAAUAAUUCCGGUUCUCAUAAACCGCUUGGAAAAUAAUGUGUAGGAGAAUAAUCUUAUCAGUAACCUCCUCCUCCUCCCACACCGCCUUUCGGUACGUCCAGGUUGGAUUAUUACGUCCGAAUGAUGCCGUACAUUGAGCACUGCUUCAAGCAAAUUACUCCGACAUCCAACCAAAGCCUGUUUUCUCGGUUUUUAGAACUGUGCUGUCUUUUUCGAAUGCGUAAAACCGGUCCAUCUGGUAGCAUACCGCACGCAGAAGUUUUUAGGUUGUUGUCUUAUGCUUUUUUUGCACAAUUUUUUCAUAUUUCCACUUUUAGUUUACACUAGCAGAACUAUGCGCCAGAUGUGAACGCCUAAUCGGCACUCAGGGCGGUGGGAUGGAUCAAGCAGCCUGCCUACUCGCUAACCAAUCAGUAAGAGACCUUUCAAGUUUUGACCUCCAAAUUCCCACCAAGGUGUCUUCCAGUUCUUCAAAGAAGAUGCUAAUAGCCGUCUUUUAAAUGGACUUUUCAUUUGUUCUUUUGUCUUCCAUAUUUAUAAGCCCAGUCCUUCUCUGGAGGCCUGACCUCCAACUUGUAGUGUUAACAAACCUAUCGCUUUCUUCUUGGCCCACGUAGGAAGUAUAACCUAGGGCUUCGUUUAGUGCAGAAAAUGAUUUAACGCAUGUCCCCUUCCCACUUUUUUCUGUUUGGGUUUGACGACUAGGUCUUGGUGCUUCAUGGUUGUCUGGUGGUAUUGAAUUGCAUCAUUACAUAUUAAAGUCGGAGCUCAUGUUUACUUUGCUUGACGCAUUUGCCCGGAUUAGCAUUUUUGUUUAACUAAAGCGCCAAUAAGCGAAGACAUGGGCGCUGACCAGAUCACAAGAUAACCUAGAAAUCAGCAUGAGAGGUCAACCAAGAGAGAUUGAUAAGCCUGGUGUUUCAGCGGUAGUGAUGAUUCUCUACCCAACCCUGACUCCAGAAGUAUCCGCAUGAAAUGCGAUACGAACACGGAUAGGGCACAGGGUUGCCAGGCGAUUGCUCAUUCGAUCUCACUGCCAUCAUAGGUGGGAACGGGAUUUAGUUAACUCUGAGCAGUUAUCCAGCUCUGUGUUCCCCCAUCCCAGAAUCAAAACGGUUGUCUCGAGUGCCUGCAACUACAUACAGCCAUUUGGGCUUGUUUUCUUCAUAGCUAUUCAGAAAUCCCGGAACCGUCUCUUUUCAUCCAGUUUAGUAGUUUUUUCUACCCGUGAAAAGAAAAGGCCUUUGCAGUUAUGGUCGACUGCGACCCAGGUUUUUCAAAUUCGUCUCUCUAUCGUGUGUUAAGGUAUUACGGCCGCUCCAGCCAAAGUGAGACCCUAGCCACUUUGACGAUCAGGCUCAGUUCCGAACAGGAAAUGAGGAAGUGGGACGCCGGUUGGAUGUUGUAUUCUGUGAAGAACUAUUGGAGAAGGGGUCGGUAGGAGUUGGCAGGAGGACGAGGGCGCGCCCGACUCCGCGGGAGCGGCGUCUGCCAGUGUGAGACGAUGGGGCGAAGUGUCCAGCGCCCUCAGCAAGGUCGUCUGAGUCAGCCUCGAAGAUAAUUGGCCAGUCUGGACAGCCGGCAUUGGCCGAGAACUUGACUUCAAUUGGUGCGCACCUACAAUUGGUAGGGGACGCUCACCGAUCGUUCGUACGGAACUCACUCGUUCCGUUGUGCCUUACGGGCUCUCUCUCGAGCCCAACCAGCAGCCGUACAGCAGCGCAUGAUAUAGGCCGUAUGUUAUCACCGACAAAGAGAAGGGAGACUGGGAUGGCCAUUUCUGGCUUGUUAGCCGUCGUCAGCCAGUCAUGACCAACCUCGAGGUGUGAAACACCCUAGGCUCGAGGCGUGGACUUCUAACAGGUCGCGGGUUCGAGCCUUGGGUGUUCCACACUUCGGGGUUGGGUAUGACUGGCUGACGACGGCUAAUAAGCCAGAAAUGGCCAUUCCAGUCUCCCUUGUCUUUGUUUGUAAUAGCAUGCUGCACCUACAAUUAAUCGCAAGAUGUUCAGCGUUGCAACAUGCGCCUGGAGUUUGACCGCACUGUGGCGAUUUGGACGCAUUCGUGGUUUUUACAGGUUGCCGGCUUAGUCCUAUUGUGUUUGCCCGCUGGGAACUGUACAAAACCCUGGGUUUAGAAUCGCACUCAUCUUCCAAGAAAAGCGCGAUCUUUUCUAGAAAGCUUUGUGAGUACACUGUAACUGAAAGACUGAAACCCCAAAACCGCAGAUUGCCUUCAAGGUUAAGUCGGCUGAUGGCAUUUAACAAACCGUCAUUUUCCCAAUUUUCCUUCGCUCCUUUAGCUUGUAGUUUGUAGGGUAAGUACUAUAUCGUAAACUUCGCCUGGCCCGGCAUAUUUUAUCUGUAUAAGGACAAGCGUCAUAAACUGUGCAGAACAUCCAUCUAAGCGUACCUUUAAAGUCCCCUGGAAUCAGCUGUCACCGGUCAAAUUCCUGUGUAGGCUAGUAAAUCCGGGUGAUGGAAAUCAGGUGAGUAUUAGACUAUUUUCUGAAUUUGCCUAUUGCCUUGACCGCCACGUGUUUACAUUUCGAUGUUCAACAGGCAUUUUAUUAAUAAACUAAAUGUCAAUUCAGCUCAGAUUUCCAGGAAGGUUACUCGAAUGUUUCCAGUGAAGACUUAGUUUAUUUGCGAAUCAUCAUUGUCUUUCUAUCACAAGUCUACGUAUUUUCUUAAUGUUCUGUUGACUCUGUCCGCUUUACAACGCCUUUCCUUCUAUUUCCGCAGCCGGUAUUCAUCGAGUUUACAAAACCAAAACUCACUGUGGUGCCAGUGGCUAUUCCACCUGGUGGUUGCUUUGUAAUUGUCGAUUCCGGUGUUCGUCUUCACAAGGCGGCAUCCCCGUUAUUCAACCAGCGUGUCAGCGAGUGUCGAAGUGCUGUCCAGGUUAAUUUUCCUAUUUCAACUUGUCUUGCUCUUUCAGAAAUCACACUGCGGCUACUUAUUAGGAAUCCAGGGGUUAAGGCAUUCCGUGUAGGCCGGAUGCACUAGACCCCGAAGGUAAAUCCAUCAUUUCGACAGUUGCGAACAACGAUGUCCAUUAAAAUGGGCGCUGGGGCGGUGACCUGCGCGUGAAUUAGUUUAUAGUGACCGUAGACUUGCGCUGAAUUUACCACACUCUCUCCUUCCACAUCCACCUGAACCCGGUGUCAAGACAGAGCUAAGAAGACCAGAUGCGGGAUUUUGGCGAGUUAAGAUGACCGAAAAUGUGAUACCAGGCUAUGAACAGGUCAAAAUAGGCCAAGUAAAGCAGCCACUCUAGGACGGACUUUGCUGUCAACACCAUCCCGUGAAGAACAAAGGCAAUGGGUGAAAUGUCAGCAGUGAUACGUAAGCCUACACUCGUUGGAAUUUACACGUAAAAGUUAAUAAACACCAACGUAGGCAUGAAUGCAUAAAUGCGAGUUGUGGAAAUGACUAAUAAGUAGAAUGGAUGUACAAAGUUGUGUGUAAAUAAAAAAUAUAGCAUAGAACUACCGCGGGACCGGGUGCUGUGGCUGGCAAAAUAAAACAGUCUGUCUGCGUGUGCCACGCACGCCCGGUCUCUGCCGGAGGGGUCAGGUUUUCGAACCAACAAGAUAAGGGCGGCUCAGAUAUCAUCUGAGUGAAAGUGUCAAGGAGACGAGGGUAAUAUACGCUGAAGCCCACUAACAUUUAGCAUAAAUCCCGAUAACCUUUCUGACGUAAAGGGAUACUGGAAUUGAGUGACAAAAAUGCUUAACUCGAACCUUAGUUCCAAAUAACGUCCUUUGCAGGAGCAAGCCGGUAUUUGGCUUAGCUUUCUCGUCAUAUUUGCAAAAUGUACUUGGAAAAGCCAUUAUUUUGGAAGCGUGUGUUUAUAUGUAAAAAUCCAGUCAUACCCUUAUAAAGGAGACAGGAAUACAUUUCUUUUACUCCCCCACCCCCCAGUAGAAAAAUAUAUCUUGUUAACGUCCUAUUUUUGAGGAUAAAAGUUUUUUGGGCCUUUGAGGUGUGAAUAAUGAAUUGCUUGACAUGUGCUUAUGUUAAUUGAUUCUGUCCAACAAUCGUUAGGGCACAGUACCGCAAGCGGUCCUACACUGAAUUCUAGUGAGAGGUCUAGGGUAAGGGCAUGGGAAUAGGUUCCCUUUCUGAGAUUUAGCGCAUGGUCAUUUGUGUCACUGGGAUGGGGUACUUACUUCCGUGUCUAACCUAAAAUAUUUCAAAAUUACCUGUAUUUACUACACUGACGUACAAGCAUUCGCCGGCUUCAUUAUAGAAGAUGUGAAUAGGUGUAUUCGUUGCUUUUAGAGGAAAUAUGCAAAAUGUAAGUCAUUUCAUUGAUAUAGGGCAAUAACAUCUCGGCCUUCUCUUCAACUUUCUGAAUAAUUCAGGAUUCAUAGUCCUGUCCUGCAUGAUGGACCCGGGUUGUGACGGCAUUGCGUUAACGACGAAAUUCUCCGAGUUGUAGUUGUCAGCCAGGUUCCCUGAAUUUCUUCUAAUUUAUAUCCUUCCUUAGCUGUCUGUCAAAGUAUCUUGUUAACCAAGCUGGUCAACUAGCCGUUCUUGAUACUUCACUGAAUAACAGCACCGAAUCAGAUCAAGUGAACUCGUUUGAUACCACUUUUGGUUUUCGUCUGGACCCCCGGUGGGCAAACCCAGUUCCGGAUAUCUGAUUUGUUGACUCUGGAAGGACUUUUCAGAAUGACAUGGCAGCGUCAUGUCACUUUAGUUUUAUUAACUGCGGAUCCCAACAAUGUCGAACCGAGUUUUUUCAUCCUAUCACUUGUAAUUCACCCCCACCUUUUAAAGCUCCCCAAGUUACCUGUGCCUCUAUGCUCUAAUGUUAGAAGUGGCCACAUAAGAACAUGCACUUAGGAUUAAAAACCCAAUUAUCCCCUAACCAAAAGGCGGGGAUUUCUGAACGCCCCUAACACGGAAUCGAGCCCUGUUUACGAUACGAAUUUAGCUACUUGGUUCUCUCUAAAAUUUUCAUCCACGCUAUUGCUUACUUCAGGUAACCAACUCAGUGGCUCUAGCAUUCGCUUAUUGGAUGUUUUACCACAGAUUUUAUCGGAAGCGUGUGAAACCGAACAAGCAAAACCCAUACAAACGCUGUAUGAUGUUCAGCGGCUCUGGGGGAAAACAGAACCAGGACAAAUGCUUUCAGAUGAAUCUCCAUUCCAAACGGCCUUCGGAAAAGCUGCCAGUAAGUAUUGCCAGACCUAUCGCAGAAAUCCUAAAAUGGUCAAACAGUGUUCUUAAAAUCACUUAAUUGAUCUGUUUUGACCUUGGCUUAGGUUUAUUACACAACUAGAGACCGUUAAAAGUAUUAAAUGUGCGCACUAGACGAACCAAUAAGACCCUGUAAGUAUUUUAUUGUCGAUCGUUAGGCAUUACCGACAAAGACCGGGGACACCUGAGGGGUUUUAUGGAUGCGGUGGCCAUCUUCGGUCAACCGUAUCACAGCGGCAGCUUAGAUAAGAUUCCGUUUGAUUUGGCUCUUUUGGUCAUUUAAAACUAAAGACUCGAAAUUGCGGUUGGUGGGCAUAGGGCCACAGGAUCAGGUUAUGUUCGAUCACUCCCAGUAAGUCUGUGAAGUGGCAUUCACGCCUGGUUGGACUGUUGCCUGACAAAAUGAACCAGAUUUAUUUACUGUAAAGGAGCUCGAUCUUCACCAGUCUAUCCUAACUGGAGUAGAUAAUAUGGGCUCUGUCUUGCAGAUACAGCCUAAGCUUGAAGCAAGCGGUCGCAUAGGGAUGAAUAACAAGUGGUUGAUUUGUAAAGUCUGUCGGUCGGUCAAACGGCAACCCCAGGGCAGUUAACGGUUAUCUGUCUCUUCAAAAAGACACAGCAUCCCUAUUGUUGAUAGUUAACCAGUACUUGAAGGACCGUGGAGGGCACACAACUGUAACGUUUGUGCAACAUGAGAGACCUGAGAUACCAAUUUCCAGAUACCCCCAAAGUUAACCUCGCGGUGUCACUUUGCCUAACUUUUUUCUUUGCCAGUUGGUAGUCUUUCGUCUGUCUGUACGUCAAGCCAAUAUUCCACAUUUUACGCAAUUUUUUUCGACAACCUUCCGGCCUCAUCUUGAACUCUACCAACGCAGAACACCUUAUUUCAAAAAUUGAGCUUCUCUCCUGACUUGUGGGUGUAGGUUAGUGUUUCUACUCACACUCUUCUACUCACAUUGGCGAAUUGCCUUCUAUGAUGAAUGUCAUUACGAGGAAAGAGCUAGAGCUGAUGAAUUCAUUUUCAAAACCUAAAUGGGUGAAAACGAGUCCUUUGUGCCGUUUUUAAAGAACGUUUCAAUCACCCACGACCACGUGUGAGUAGGUUCAUGGGUCAUGGUUGACUGAAUGAUGGUUCAGUGAAGGGUACGCCUGACGCAACAGCUUAAUUCAUGGGCAGGCCUUAGCCAUGAUAAUCUUUUGACCCAGUUUGGAUAUCUGUGAUUGGCCGAAAAUCUCGCAGCGAUGUAACAGGCGCCCGGAAUAGAACCAUUAUACAUCCAUAUGACUGGAUUUACCCAGUAGAAGCUGAGACCGCGCUGGUUCAUCGCUCAGCUUGAACAGCCUAGGGCACAAUAAUCGACUGCACGUUCUUCCAAACCUUGGGUCUUCCAGUCCUGCUGUUGAACUCUGACUCUCGAACGAGGGAAAGUGGGCCUGGAGUAGCAACUUAGGUCGCACAUUACCUACUGCUCAACUGCUACCUGGAACUCGUCUUUUAGCUGGCAUCGGCAAGGCCUAUCACGCUUCCCUUGAUAGUACCUCUCCCCUAGUAACUCCUAGUCCGUGUCCAUCUCCAGAAGUACGUGGGAAUGAUUAAAUAGGAGAGAAUUUCUAUGGUACCUAAAUAAGUUUAAAAGCGUCGAUUUUUAAUACUGCAUACUGCUAAAAGUAGAAAACUUAAUCAACUCAGAAAUCCUUUGGCCUGGAACGCAGUCGAACCAUGGAUCCCUCGGAUUCGACAGGUUCCAUCUAUGUACUUGCUCAUAUUUUGCAUAUAAGACGGUUGCCGCCCAGAUCAACUUAAGAAUGGACUCAGACUACAUUGGGUUAGACAUGCGAAUCACAAAUAGGAAAUAUUCGAAUUUCUUAAAGCCGACCGCCGAAAGACGUUAAAGAGCGUCCACAUGGAAUUUGAGAGUUUGUUGGUUUGACCCCUCUCAGGUCAAAAGGUUUUUUUAAUUCUAUAAAGUUCCGUAUUCCGGGUACUGUUACACAGAUUGCAAAGAAGUUUUGCCAACAAAGGUAAGACCAUUUCAGGCUUAUCGAUAGAAGCGAAUAGGCGAGUUCCAAGGAGCAGUUUGGGGGAAGAAAAUGCGAUAGCUGAGAUAAGGAGUUUAUUGGCCUGACCUUUUGGACUCCCACAUGAACCCAUCAUCAGAGACAGUCACAGAGGAGGAUGGACUACCCCUGGUUUGUGAGCACUAGACUCUUUUCUGUUUUAGACAGCCUACCAGCCCUUCGAGCCAAACAUGUGUACUCGGAAGCCCAGCGAGUGCUUGACUUCAGGAGGCUGUGUGAACGGUUCGAUUUUUCGUCCGGGGACGGUGCGGACGCCUUCUUACAGAGCCUCGGUAUGCUGAUGAAUGAAAGUCAGAACUCAUGUCGCGACCUUUACGACUGUUCCUGUCCAGAACUUGAUCGGCUUGUGGAUGUCUGCAGGUAUUUCGUCAUACUUCUCUUCCAAAGAACCUUGUUUUUCGAGAGCUGGACACGGGAAUAGAUACCCCCUCCCCUCCCCUCGGUAUUACAGGUGACCUUGCACAAAGUUCUAUGGAGUGUUAGGUUUAGGGUCAAGGGUAGGAAGGUCAGUGUUAUGAUAAGGGUUGGGGUCAAAGUUAGGACACAGGAAGAGGUACCCCACUGGAAUUCAGCGCAAGGUCGACUGCAGUACAGAGGGGGUACAUAUCCUCGUGUUUAGCUCUUUCGAAAAUGUAGUUUUGCGUUAAAUUUGGUCUACUUUAUUUGGUUUAAGUCGACUGUUGUACGAAAGAGGUAUUUGAACAAGGCAAAGGCGACAAAGCAUGCAGAAUUUACUGACGUCAUAAAUUUCGAGACCUCUCAUUCAGCUGCACACGGUCAUUGCAUAGUUAUAUGACAAGACAGAGCCUGUUUACAAACGUGCCACUGGAUGAAACAAUUGACGCAAUUUGUGAGCAUGCGGGUGAAACACACCUGCCACCAGAGCAACUGCGGGAACUACUACAGAUAUGCACAAAGAAUGUACAAUCCUUGUUCAACGGGCGGCUGUAUCGACAGAUCGACGGUGUAGCUAUGGGUAGUCCAUUGGGGCCAGUCCUAGCGGACAUUUUAAUGUCUUAUCUAGAGCGAAAACUAGCUCGGAACUUACAACGAACCUCAUUCUAUAGGCGAUAUGUGGAUGACAUUUUCGCUAUAGUCAAAAACCCAGGCGACGGAGAACUACUACUCAAGGCUCUGAACAAAGCACAUGCAAAGAUCAAAUUUACGAUCGAGCAUGAGAAGAAUGACACACUGCCUUUCCUGGAUAUUCUUGUACGUAGGCGAGCAGAUGGCUCUAUUUAGAGAUCCAUAUAUCGAAAACCCACCUGGAAAGGACAAUACAUGCACUUCCUCAGUUUCGUUCCAAUUCAGAGAAAACGCAACUUGGUUUUGUGCCUGUUCAAUAGAGCCACCAGGAUCUGCUCCUCAGAUACGAUCGAUGACGAGCUUACUUCCCUAAAGAACGUUUUUCUUGCAAACGGGUAUCCGGAGAAAUUCAUCGAUAAAUAUCGCCAUCCCAGACAAGAAACUCCUGAAGAAAUAUCUGUACCUAAAAAGUCUGUGACCAUCUACCUCCCCUUCAAGGGUGAUGACGUGUCAAACGUGAUCAAGCGACGACUUCGGUGCACCAUCGAAAGGACGAAUGCCGCCUCUAAAUUGUUAUUGAUAAGCACCACGACCGCCAUCCCAGUUGGAGCAGCUAAAGACAUUUUGCCUAUGCACGCCACAUCAAACUGUAUUUAUGAGUUUACAUGUAGUUGCGGAUGCAAGUACAUCGGGCGCACGCAACGGCAAUUGGCAGCUCGGUCAGCUGAACACAUGCCGAAGUGGCUGCUUAAGGCGGAAAAUAAGGUAGCUAGGAGCUCAAUCACGAAGCACCUAGUGGACACGGGCCAUACGGUGGACCCAAUGGUUGCAUUCAAGGUCCUGUUUCGGGCGACGACCGGGCGUCUCUUGCGCUUUGCAGAGGCCGCUGCAAUACGGAGGAGGAAACCAGAACUCUGUAAGCAGCUGGACCAUGUGAUAAACCUGGCACUGCCAUGGUAAUUAUCGAUUAUGGACGAAACCCUGUUCCCAUGUCCGCCCUCUCAAUUCGCCCCCACCUGCCCCCCUCUCCCCGGCAUGACUGAAUGCUCCCCGCACGUUGCACUCUAAAUCACCCCGCACAAGUUCUGUCAUACUUGGAUGACUUCUCUCCCCCUCCCCCCCUCGCCAUAUGCACCCGCAUACUAUACCCAUGUUUCAGUUUACCUAUCACGUUUUAUCUCUCUAGGUCGAUCGUUGAUUGAACAGUUUGUCUUGUCACAUAACUAUGCAAUGACCGUGUGCAGCUGAAUGAGAGGUCUCGAAAUUUAUGACGUCAGUAAAUUCUGCAUGCUUUGUCGCCUUUGCCUUGUUCAAAUUUAUUCCGGGAAAACAUUGCUUCAAAGAGGUAUUUACAAAUUCACACCAGCAAUUUAACUUGUUUUCGAAGUUUGUAGACUUGCUUGGUUGGUAGCAUACUUAAACGUUUCGGUUUUUUGUUCUGACAAGUGAAUAAAACUAAUCUUGUUUAUAAAACUUGAGAUAAUUCCUCCCUUAGGUUCUGUUUUUUUUUAAAUACAAGGUCUGCCGGUGCAUAUGGAAGUCGAUUAACCGGUGCCGGCUGGGGAGGUUGCGUGGUAUCGCUAGUGGCGGAAGCCACUGUCGAACACUUUGUGAAACGGGUGGCCUCACAGUACUUUGGGGAGAGUGUUGAGGCUCUAAAAUCAAAGAUAUUUUAUUCCGUCCCCGGUAGAGCUGCCGGUUUUGUUCUUGUUGACUGA